GCGGUGUUUGAUGACGUACCCGGUAGUGGCGGCGGUUACCGGAGUAACCAUUAACGGGGCUGUGUCAUGGGCGAGCUGGGAUCCGACACCGGGGAUGGGAGCGCGUACAGCCUGAGGCCCGGCCUGCAGCGCCGAUUAAAGGCAGCCACGGUGAAGGAAUGUAUCCGUGCGGUGCUGAAAGAGAAGCUGGCCAACGUGCACUAUGUCCCUGAGGAGAUCCCUGAGCUCACUAAGGCUUUGUCGGAGAUUAUAAAGGAUAGGCUGAAAGAGCAGGGAUAUGAGAGGUACAAAAUGGUGGUGCAGGUUGUGAUUGGGGAGCAGAGAGGAGGAGGAGUGAACAUGGCUGCGCGAUGUUUCUGGGAUGCUGACACUGACAGCUACGCUCACGAUGUUUUCAUGAAUGACAGCCUCUUUUGUGUGGUAGCUGCAUUUGGCUGCUUCUACUAUUGAAGAUACCCGCACAAAAGGACAGAGGUGGGGGAGAAUACUUGAGGGUGUUUUAUUGUUACCAUAACACACACAAAUGCACAGUGUUCUUCCUUUUAUAUGUAAUGCAGUACAGCUGUACAAAGUACACAUGUUGAACUACAGCAACCUUCCUCCCUUGUUGAUGCCAGUAUAGCUUUAAGGGUGUCAUUAUGUCCUUUAUGUAAAUUGCUGUUUGUUUUUGUACUGGUUUUGUCCUAAAACGACUAUUGCCAGGAGCUGUCGUUUUUAAGGCAGACACAACUUCUGUUUUAAGAGAGUUCUAUCUUUUUACUUGGUUCGUUUUCUGAGCAGAAUGAAGUAUCUCCAAGUAAUGUAACAUAAUAAAUCUGUAUAUUUACUUUUUCUCUCC